AAUAAUUUUCAAAACCUUGCUAACAUAAUCAUUGGCAAUUUGAAUCUAAAACAUCUACUCCGAGCACACAAAGUAGAGCUUCAUUUUGUCAACUGUUUUUUCCAGCUCUUUUCAAAUGCAAACGUAAUUAUUGGAAAUCUAAACAUUCCCCUCUCAAAUCAACAUCAUCAUGAACUUGUUACUCUUUUAUUGCAGAUGAAAUCAAAUAAAGGUUGACUGAUAACGUUUCAUCAAUUCAUUAGGAACUCUUAUUUCCAAUCCAUACAUUAAUGAUCUCACAGUAAAUUCAACACUUUAUUGUACAGCUACUUAUUUUGUUUUAUUUUGUUUCAACGCCAAAAUCAUUGAAAUCAAGCAAACAGAUGGUCAAAGCAGGACCAAGCUUCCAAUCAAACAGCUCUAGUGGACCAACAUUUAUUACAAGUAUGUUAAAGAUAUUAUUGAAUCACUAGAGAUCACAGUCAGGAGCAAUUUCAAAUAUGGAUAAAGAACAGCAUCAAUCAAAAGACGAGUCAAUGGCGCACGGAUCAUCAAAUAAUAGUCCCACUCAACCAUUUGAACCAUUAACAAUGAACGAAAGCAAACGCGUUCCCAACCUGCGAUGGUUUGUCAUUAUUAUGUCACAUUUGGUGCUUUUCUCUGUUACUGUUGUCGUUUCUAGUUUAAGUUUAACGAUAGUGGCCAUGGUUCGAGUUGAAGCUAAAUCAAGUGAAGAAGCAGAAGCUGAGUGUAUGAAGUACUGUAAUGGGUCUUAUACAGCAAUGAUAUCAGAAAUUUCAUCGGAAAGUUUGAAGUAUCACGUAUCAUGGAGUGAAACAGAAAAGGAUUAUAUGCUUGAAGCAGUAUUCUGGGGUGCAUUAAUCUCAUCACCUAUUGGUGGACGGAUUGGUGAGCUUCUGGGUCCUCGUCGAAGUGUGUCUCUCUGUUUGAUUGCCAUUUCUGUGUUGAAUUUGCUGUUCGCUCCGGCAGCUUUAAUCAACUAUUGGGUUGCCUUUGUGAUUCGUUUGGUUCAAGGGAUAGGCCAGGGUAUUGUGAUGCCUUCACUUUAUGUCGUUGUCAGUCGUUGGUCUACUGAUCAUGAAAGGACUCUAAGUAAUGCUGUUGUUCAAAGUGGAAUAGCAAUGGCAAACAUUGUAGUUCAUCCUUUUGUUGGUUUACUCAUCUCCAAUGAAUCUGCAAACAACUGGCCAUCAAUUUUUUACUACAUUAGUCUACUAAAUUUGGCAGUAUUUUGCUUCUGGUAUCUAAUUGUUUACGAUUUCCCUGAAACUCAUCCUUAUUUGAGCAAAGAAGAGCUUGAUUACAUUGCUCUUAAUCGAUCCUUUAAACCAGGAGUUUCGAAAAUAGUUCCAUGGACUCGUUUAAUGUCAUCGCCUCCUGUUAUUGCUUACCUUUGUGUUUCAUUCACUUAUGGUUGGUUAAUAAGUACAGUUUCAACUCAAAUACCAUCGUUUUAUAAGGAAAUUUUAGGCCUGAGUUUUGAAGCGAAUGGUUUACUCAAUGCAUUGCCAUGGAUUUUAUCUCUUAUAAUAUCACUUACUGCAGGCUAUGCAGCUGAUCGUGUUUGUCGAACCAGUUCAGUAUCUUUGACGAAAUUAAGGAAAUUAUUAGCAUUUUUAGGAUUAGGAUCUGGUUCAAUUGGAAUACUGUUGAUCACUUGUUAUGAUUGGGAUAAAAAGUCGAUCGUUUCAUUGGUGACUUUAUCGAAAGGCUUUGCCACACUCAACAUUGCUGGACCUGGAACAUCUCAUCUUGAUAUUAGUCCAAGUUAUGCUGGAACCUUAGCCGGAAUAUAUAAUUUAUUUUUCAAUCUAUCAGCUUUAAUCAUGAACCAUUCAGUUGCUACAAUUGUCGGUGAUUAUCCAACACAACAAAAAUGGUUCACCUUCUUCCGUCUAACCUCAGGUCUAAACAUUAUCGGUCUUAUUUUAUUCAUAAUCAUGGGAUCAGCACAAGUUCAACCCUGGGAUCCAUCAUAUGAACCAAGUCCAGUCAACUUCGCAACUCCUUUAAACUUGGAUUUCAAUUAUCAAGCUAACAUGAAUACUUUUCAACAUACAAAUGAAAACUAAGUUCUGGCUGUAAUUUGAUCUAAAAUAACAUUAUUACCAGUUUAUUAUAUUAAUCACGUUUUAAUUGUCAUCAGUUAUAUAUUUAAUAUUG